AUGCAUCUGCUCGACCUGUCCAAUAUUGUGAAGAAGGGUGUUGCGGAUGCAGGACUCGCUCCUAUGCAAUUCAACACUAUUGGUGUCUCGGAUGGCAUUUCCAUGGGUACCACCGGCAUGCGUUAUAGUCUACAGUCUCGGGAGGUCAUCGCGGACUCGAUAGAGACUGUCAUGCAGGGUCAAUGGUAUGAUGCCAACAUCUCCUUGCCAGGAUGUGACAAGAAUAUGCCUGGCGUGAUGAUGGCCAUUGGUCGUGUCAACCGUCCCUCGAUCAUGGUCUACGGCGGCUCCAUCGCUCCCGGCUGUGCAUCAACUCAGAACAACGCAGAUAUCGAUAUUGUUUCUGCAUUCCAAGCGUACGGUCAAUUCAUUACUGGAGAAAUCAAUGAGGAGCAGCGUUUUGACAUUAUCCGCCAUGCGUGCCCAGGUGGCGGCGCUUGCGGUGGUAUGUAUACCGCUAACACUAUGGCUUCAGCCAUCGAGACCCUCGGUAUGACGUUACCGGGCUCAGCGUCUAACCCCGCCGAGUCACGAGCUAAACAACUCGAGUGUCUGGCUGCUGGAGGCGCGAUUAAGAAUCUCCUCAAACUCGAUCUGCGGCCUCGUGAUAUAAUGACUCGCCAGGCAUUUGAAGACGCAAUGGUACUCGUUAUGAUUACCGGGGGUUCCACCAACGCGGUACUGCAUCUCAUCGCCAUGGCCGACGCAGUGGGUAUUAAGCUUACAAUUGACGACUUCCAAGCUGUAUCCGACCGGACGCCAUUCCUCUCGGAUUUGAAACCUAGCGGAAAAUACGUCUUCAAUGAUCUUCAUACUAUCGGCGGAAUCCCAACCUUGCUGAAGUUCCUCAUCAAGGAAGGCGUUGUAAAGGGUGAGCACAGGACCGUCACUGGCGAGACCCUCAAGAAGAACGUCGAGUCUGCAGCCGACUUCCCUUCAGAUCAGACCAUCAUCAAACCGUUCUCUCAACCAAUCAAGCCUACCGGCCACAUUCAGAUCCUUCGAGGCUCACUCGCACCUGGCGGUUCCGUAGGCAAGAUCACAGGAAAGGAGGGUCUACGAUUCACCGGCAAAGCCAAAGUCUACGACGCGGAAGACCUCUUCAUCGAAGCGCUAGAACGCGGUGAGAUCAAGAAAGGUGAAAAGACUGUGGUAGUGAUCCGGUACGAAGGCCCUAAGGGCGGUCCCGGUAUGCCCGAGAUGCUGAAACCCAGCUCGGCGAUCAUGGGCGCAGGCCUCGGCAAGGACGUUGCACUCAUCACGGACGGCCGUUUCAGUGGUGGUUCGCACGGCUUCCUCAUCGGCCACAUCGUCCCUGAGGCCAUGGAAGGUGGACCCAUCGGCUUGGUUCGAGAUGGUGAUGAAAUCAUCAUCGAUGCGGAGAAGAGAGUCCUCGACUUGAAUGUACACGAGGAUACCCUCGCUACCAGGCGCGAACAAUGGGAGGCAAAUCGACCCGCCCCCCGUGCCACAAGAGGCACACUUGCGAAAUACGCCAGGCUCGUCUCUGAUGCCAGUCAUGGCUGCAUCACGGAUGGUGAGGAUACUGUCGCUUUACAUUGA